UUCGCCCUCCUCACAGUGGCCUCUUCCUCUCUUAUGCUCACAGAGCUUUGAUCUUUGCUUAACAACAGUAACGUCAUUGCUUAGCAGGGAACGAAAGGGAGUUUUGUUGAAAGGAGCGAAGUUUGAGAGCCUCCAGAGGGCUAAAGCAGCAGCGGCAGCAGCAGCAGCAGCAGCAGCAUCCAAGGCAGUUCUUGUAGCGCUCUUUCUGAAUCCUUCGAAAGCCCAAAGCUUGAAAAAAAAGUUUAAGACAUGGAACAUCAGCUGCUGUGUUGUGAAGUAGAGACCAUCAAGAGAGCCUACCAAGAUGCGAACCUUCUAAAUGACAGAGUUCUACAGACUUUGCUUAAAGCGGAGGAGAACUACCUUCCUUCUGCAAAUUACUUCAAAUGUGUGCAGAAAGAAAUUGUGCCUUAUAUGAGAAAAAUUGUUGCCACUUGGAUGUUGGAGGUGUGUGAAGAACAGAAAUGUGAAGAGGAGGUUUUCCCAUUGGCUAUGAAUUAUUUGGACAGAUUUUUGUCAGUGGAGCCCACAAAGAAAACCAGAUUACAAUUAUUGGGAGCAACUUGCAUGUUUUUGGCCUCAAAAAUGAAGGAAACGAUCCCACUUACCGCUGAGAAGCUGUGCAUUUACACCGACAAUUCUAUCAGGCCCAGCGAGUUAUUGCAAAUGGAACUGUUGGCGUUAAACAAACUGAAAUGGGAUCUGGCUUCAGUGACCCCCCAUGAUUUCAUUGAACACUUCCUUUCCAAACUGCCAAUCCACCAGGACACCAAACAGAUUCUCCGCAAACACGCACAGACUUUCGUGGCUCUUUGUGCAACAGAUGUUAAAUUUAUUGCUAAUCCCCCCUCCAUGAUCGCAGCUGGGAGUGUAGCAGCAGCUGUUCAAGGCCUCCACCUUAAGAACACUGAAAUCAUGUUAUCAUCUCAGAACCUCACAGACUUUCUAUCACAAGUCAUAAAGAGCGAUCCGGACUGUUUGAGGGCCUGCCAAGAACAGAUUGAGUCCCUUCUUGAGACAAGCCUGCGCCAGGCACAGCAGCACAACAUCUCUUCAGAAACAAAGACUGUUGAAGAAGAAGUGGACAUCUCCUGCACACCAACGGAUGUGCGAGAUGUGAACAUUUGAGUGGACUAUCCGUGGAGUUUGCCAUGGCAACUCAACAAAGGGCUUUUCAGGAAGGACAUGAUGGCCUAGCAUCACCACACAAAAAAAUAAGUAACAGAAAAAAUAUCUCCAGGAUGAUUAAUACAAAAGAAGGGGAAAAAAAACGCUUUGCUUCUUUGAUUCUCCUUGCUCUUUUAUUUAAUUUUUUUUCCCUUUAGCCUGUGGCUUUAAAAUAAAAAAAUAAAAAAAACACAAAACUUUUAAAAAGUCCAAACCCCAAACAAAAAAAUGGUCUUUAUAUAAAAAACAAAGAGAAAAAAGUAGUAUUUGCAUAACAUGUGUUGUGCUACAAAAAUAGACAUUUUUAUACAAAACAUUAAUCAACUAGUUUUUUUAUACAAAAAAAGUGCUUGUGCCUAUAUGUUUAUUAAAAAUAGGCAUAAACACAGAAAAAAUGUCUCCAGGGGAGGUAUUAGAUUUAGUUUUUUUUUAAGUGUGAAAAAAACAUUUUUAAAGUGGAAGAGGGUUUGUUAGAUAGUACAAUUUUACAUUUUUCCCUACAAAGUUGAACUUUAUUGCAGCCUAGGCUUCUCUGUAUCUGCUUAUGCGUUUAGUCACUUUAUUAUAUUUUUGUCUAGCCAUUUUUAUUCCACUUUUUUAGAGCUUAUCCUCUUCUGCUUUGAAAUGGUUAAUGUAACCCAAUAGAUUGUGUAUUUUGUUUUAGCAUACAUUAUUAUAUGUUACUCUUUAGAGUCUGUGGAUUACCUAAACAUAAGGCUUGAGGUGCCAGCAUUAUCACUGCCUAAAUAGAUCCAAGUUCUGCUCGUAUAUAGUUUAUUAUACACAUGGGCAGUGGAGCUACUUUGUUAUUGUCAUUAAUCUCCAUAUUUCAGCAGUUAUCUAUGUGUUAAAAAACGGACUUAACUAAAGUCGUUUUAAAGCCCCUGGUGCAAUCCACAGCCUCGUUUUAUACAAUUUUUUUCUAACAAACCAUUCCAUUUAAAAGCACUUUCAGUCAAUUAGAUAUUACUGACUAUUCUGGAAAACAAUGUGGGACGUUACUAAAGAAAAUGGAAUGGUUUCAGAAUAUUGGAAUCCUUGCGUUUUACACUGCAAAGCCAGCAUAUUUAACUAUAGGGUUAUUUAGGAAGGAAGCCAGAUGUUGAAAGGAGUUUCAGUGAAUGUGUUUGACUUCCUGGACUGCUGGUGUUGCAUCCUUUCAUCCUGUGUUUGAAAGAGUUUGGUGCCAGCUUUUUGAGUAGGGUCCAAAAGGUGUACAUAAUAUGCACACAUGAUGACUAGGUUAACUCAAGAGUUUCCUUCUGUUUUGGCGACUGAAGUGUUUAAACACUUAAAAUAUGUAAUUUUAUAGUAAAGAUAGAGUACUAUUUAUUGCAAAAUGUCGUUUUUUGUUUAGGCCAGUAUGGAUUUUGAAAUAAUGCUUAGUCUUUCUUUAAGAUUAUUUAAAUCUGUUUAGUUCACAUUUGCUAACAACCUGAUACAUUGUGUACUUAUUGUGCGUUUUAAUGCAAACACUUCAGAUAAAUCUACGGGCCCUACUUGUAAAAAAACAAAAACAAAGGCAAUGCAAGAUAAACGCCAUAGUUAAUAAUGGGUAGAAUUGGUGAACUUGAAAACAAAAACAAGUAUCAUUUCAGUGUGUUCCCCCAUCCUUAAAUAUAAAUUUAGAUACAAUUAGAAGAUUUGCACAACUUGGAAAUAUACCAAUUUUUAGGUAUUCUUUUAGAAAGUAGUGAAGGGAGGAGUUGGAGAAAUAAUUGAAGUUGCUGUGUGAGGAAUAUGUGAUGGCUUGAUGUACGUGAAUAACUACCGAUUAUAAGGUGUUGAUUGUAAAAUGAAAAAGAAAAAAAAUGGAGUCGACACUCCUUUUAUUGAGCUGCUAUGAAAGAUUUCCCAGCAAAAGUAUGAACAGUUAAAAAAAAAAAAAAAAGAAAACAAUAACAAUGCUUUUUUUUUUUCCUCUUAUCUAAGUCAUUAUGUUUGCUGCUAUUUUGUGGAUCUUUUUUUUUAUUACAAUGUCAAUAUACUGCCAUGUGAUAGGUUUUUUAAUUUUCUCAUAGAAAAUUAUGAUGUAGUUUUUUUUUUUUUUUUUAAUGUGAUCAGUUUUUACUUAAUGUGAUUUCUGCGCUAUUCCAAAAAAAAAAAAAGAAAGAAAAAAAAGAAUGAAAAAAAAAAGUUUUCUGUCCCACCAUACCUCAUGCUGCAGUUGUCAAACUUAUUGUUAUUUAGACCGGGUUUUUACAUUACAUUUUUAACUCUGUGCCUAAUAGUUUUAAACUGCAAUCUGAAAGGCAUUUAUCAUUAUUCCAAAUGGGUCCUGUAGUGUGCAAAUAGAUAGCAUAGAUUGAAACUGGUGCCAUAUGUAACCUGACCAUAUAACUCUUUGAGUUUUAAGCUGUUUCAUUGAAAGAGACUGUAAUCCCCUUUUAGGCCAUUAAUGGCCAACUUUUAUAUAUUUAUAAAGUAUUUGUACACAGGUAUGAUGGAAGUUUUAUAUGUCUUGUCUACUCAUGAAGCCAUUGUGUGUUCUGGGUAGUAAUUUAACAAUUCAUUAAAAUGUCUUUUUAUAUUUUCAACAACAACAACAAUGACCAUAAGCUAUACAUUUUUACUUUUAAAAAAAGGAAUUAAAAAAUGUAUAUACUGCACAAUACAUUUUAAGUAGACACGAUUUAAGCAAACAGCUUUUUCUAUUGAUUUUUAUAAUAACUAUUAAACUACUAUUUUGAGAUGGAAA